AGGCAGCGCAGGCUCUGCAGCACCAGGUCGGCCGGCCGGGGCGAUGUGCUACUGGGCUUAGCAGAGCGUUGCAGACACCAUGGCGCAGAGGUGCAGCUCUCGCAGCCGGUCGGCCGCAUCAGGACCGAACACGGGGAGCCGUGUGCCAGCGGCCAUCGUACGGCCAACCGGUCAGGAAGCACUCGUACGCAGACACACGAGAAACGUACUCAGCAUAAAGCCGAGGUGUCCCUCACAGGCCCAGGAGAGCCAGGACGAGGAGGCCUUGCGGGCCGCCUGGGCCGAACUUGCAGAUGCCAGGAGGCAGUGGCACAGCCUGCAGGUGGAGAUGGAGUCUCUGCAGGCCCUGGAAAAGGGACUGGAAAGCUCCCUGAGGAGCACGCAGAAGCAGUACAAGGUGCAGCUCGAGGACCUGAGCAUGGUGAUACGGAGGCUGGAGUCGGAGCUGGGCCAGGUGCGAAGUGACAUCGAGAGCCAGCGGCAGCUCCAUCUGCAGCUGCUCAACACCAAGGUGCGCCUGGAGCAGGAGAUCACCACCUACAGGCAGCUCCUAGAGUGCGAAGAGGGCAGGAUCCGUGUGCAUAAUGAGCUCAUGGGGAAGAUGAAGUGCGAACCUCAGCCACAAGUGAGGAGAGAACGCUGUGCAGAUCCAUCCCCAAAGCAGCUAGUAGAGGUGCGCUCUGGGGACACUGCUCACAAAAGGAAUCCUGCUCUUUCACGAACAAAGAAGAGCCUGGUCUUCUUCACAGAGCCGGAGAGAAGAGCUGAGAAGAACUCGGCUCCUGCGAAGACACAACAAGUCCUACGCGGUACUGUGAUGCGGGAGAGUGCUGAGGCGCAUGGCACUGUGGAAUCAAAGAAGAUUGAUGUGGUUAUAAAACAGUGGGAGGGAUCCUUCUUCAAAGGUAACCCGAAAUUGCGUAAGAAAUCCGUGUCCCUUCGCUUUGACCUGCACAUGGCAGCAGCUGAUGACGGCUGCGCCCAGACCCAGCAGGACGACCUGCCUGAUGUGGAGGUGCGACUGGUGAUGAAGAGGUCUCGUAGCAUUCCCUCCAUGACACAGUGACGCAAUAUGGGGAAAUAAUAUGGUGCAUAAAUUAAUGUAUCACAUCCCUACUGCAACAGUCCUUUACGUUUGGAAUCUAGCCUGCUUCAAAUAAAAUCCCAGCAUUCUAUUUAAAAUUGUAGAACCUUUUUUGUUCCCUCAUCAGCCAAUGAAACCACAUGGCUGCAUUCUGAAUUCUCCCCUCAGCAGCAAUGAGCGUAUGAUAAAGCUUCUCAUCUGGCCAGACAAUUGUACCAAAGAAAGCAGAGAAAAACUAGAACCAUGGCUACCUGGAAGAACUGUAAAAGGAUACCAGCGUAUCACUUUCUUUUUCAGUCUUCUUCAUGAAUUCAAUCACUGUGUUUUCAUGGAAGAAGGAUGGUAUGAAGAGACAUUUGGAAACUGUAUAGCUGUUGUGAAGAAAUAGAAUUUUUUAUGACUGUUUUCCACUGGAGUAAGUUGUGAACAAGGUCUAGAUAAAGUAUGUUAACUGCUUUUGUGAUUUACAAAUGUACAGUGAACAUUGGCCUCAAUGUAUUGAUUAUAAUUCAUAACGAGGUGUAGGGUUGACAUAAGAAGAAGGGAAAUGUUUUUUUUUUAUUAUUCUUAUGUGGUUAGUACUUUCUGGUCCA